AUGAAGGCACGGCAGUUGGUGAACGUGGUGAUGCGGAGGUACGGCAUGGGCAGCAGCCACUAUUCGGUGAGCCGCAUCAAGCCCGAGGAGCAGCUCUUCUUCCCAUCAACCAAGGAGGCGCGGGAAGCAUCCAGCACGGGGACGGGGGAGAUGGAGACCAUCUCCAGGAUGCCCGCCGCGCCCAGCCUGAGCCUCGUACGCUCGGCGGUUCUGGUGGAGAGGCUGGAUUUCCUCCCUUUCUACGAGCGCAAGAUCCUCUGCGUCGACGCCCAGGGCCGCACCGUCCUAUACGACGCCGACGCCGACGCCGACGCCGGCCUCCUCCAUCCGCUGCCCUCCCUCAGGGGUCCCAAGGGGCCCAACCCCAUCUCCUUCUCCAUCCUCGACAGGGAGCCUCUGGACCCGCGGCGGGCCGACGUCCUGUACGUCAUGCCCAGGUGCCCUCGGCGCUACGACUACUACAGCUUCGAGGCCCUCAUGUACAGCGACCCCUCCAACGGCAGGAAAGGCUGGCGGUGGCACCGCCUCCCGCCUCCGCCCGCCUCCGCCAACGGCUGCCACGCGCUCGUCGACAAGGACGGCGGCGGCGACCCCAUCCUCGUCGUCUCCUCCGCCGACGGCACCCACUGCUUCCACACCUUCACCAACACCUGGUUCGAGGCUGGAGGCUGGAGGCUGCCGUUCGCAGGCCGUGCCCACCGUGUUGCUGAGCUCGACAACCUCUGGUUUGGCAUCGCCCGCGCCUGGCCCUACGACCUUUGCGCCAUGGACCUCUACCCCCUCUGCGGCGGCCUAUGCCCCGAGGCCGAGGCUCCGCGGCUGGCCUACAGCUGGGGAGACCACCUUAGCCUGCCGGACGACUGGGAGAUGAUGGACUGCAGCAUGGUGUACCUGGGCGGCGGCAGGUUCUGCGUCGCCAAAAUCUUUGAAUUCUGCCACGGCGAUGAUGACCGCAAGGGGAUGGGUGUCAUCUCUGGCUUGGAGGUGGUGCGCCAAGGGGAGCCAUCCAAACUCGUCAUGGUCAAGCACAAGUCCAAGCUCUACAAGUUUACCAGGGAUGAGAUCCAGUGUAUCCUCUAG